UAGCCUCUUCCCGGUAUUUGACGUCACACAGUCAGUCUGGCUUUUGCUGCUUUCAAGUACUCUUUGUAAAUCUUCACUUCCUAGCUUUGACAUAGUAAAUAAGUGCUUUGUUGUUUUGUAGUAGCUAAACAUAAAGUGGUAAUGAUAUGUUUUGCGAUGCAGUGGAGGAUAUGUACACUAACAUAUGCAUAUAAACAAUACAGAAUAAUACAUUAUAAAUCAUAUCACGUUUACCAUCGGGAAGUCGGGGGAUCUACAGUCCUGAAACAAGCUUGAUCUUGACGUCUCAUGUAUGAAAAUCCCGACUUUUUCUGUCAUAGAUGUGCGCUGUUCCUGUUGCUAACUGAUAUAUUUUGUAUUCAGUUUUACUGAUGGAUGCAAGACACAUUUCCCACGCGGGACACUAAAGGCUAAAGUCGGUUAUUCGUACAGCACAUGAAGGCAUUAUAAGACCGGGUGCACAUCACCACAGGCGGUGACUUCAACAACAGCACCGCUAAACUUAAAGAUAGACUGGCAAUGUAUAGAAUAGUAGCCGGUAGAGUCGAGAGCAUUUCUGGUGUAUAACGGUACUCAGGGGACAUUAACUGACAACAUUUUUAGCUAAAGAGAUUGGUUAACAACAGAUCUACACCGCUUUAACUACUCUAAGUUAACUGUUACACUCAGAAUGACAAGUAAAACAGAGGCAGUUUCGUGCUUUUAACAACCUUGGAGAUAAGUUAGCUAACUUAGCUCAAAGCAAAAAAAAAAAAAAAAAAAAAACUAACUAACGUUAGCGUAACAGUAGUUGUUAGUUAACGUUAGUUGGGUUUUGUUAGUCUUUGGUGAUACAGUACCAGUUAACUGUCCCGACGCUGUUGUUAAGUUAUCAUCAGGUUAGCAUUAACACCAUCAAAAAGCUAAAAGCUCCGAACUCAAGUCGAUUUCCAAACUAUUUAACGUGGCUCACGUUAAUACAGAAUCGACUUUCGCUGACUUCGAAUCACAAGGAUUUCUACUUGAACAGCAUUAAACACUGGACAUUGACUUACCUAUAUCAAGGAGCUGAAUGGCCUCCGUUGUUGCUGUGAAAACUGAGAAGCGACCUGCAGCUGAUUCUCAGGAUGCAGACUCAAAUGCAAAAAAGCCCAGGAAACUGCUGCCCAGCCUGAAGACCAAGCGAGCCCCCGAGCUUGUCCUGGUGAUUGGCACUGGGGUAAGCUCUGCCGUAGCCCCUCAGGUCCCUGCACUCCGCUCCUGGAAAGGCCUCAUCCAGGCAUUACUUGACGCAGCCAAUGAUUUUGACCUACUAGAAGAGGAGGAGAGUCGGCGUUUCCAGAAGCACAUGCAGGAAGAUAAGAAUUUGGUGCAUGUGGCCCAUGACCUCAUUCAGAAACUUUCCCCGAGAACAGGCAAUGUGCGCUCCACAUUCUUCAAGGACUGUCUAUACGAGGUGUUUGACGAUUUGGAGUGCAAGAUGGAGCAUGCAGGGAAACAUCUACUGCGUUCAGUGCUGCAGUUAAUGGAGAGUGGUGCACUGGUCCUCACUACUAACUUUGACAACCUGUUGGAGAUCUAUGCAGCACACCAGGGCACCAAGAUGGAGUCUUUGGACCUGACCGAUGAGAAGAAGGUGUUGGAGUGGGCUCAGGAGAAACGGAGGUUAAGUGUUCUGCAUAUCCACGGUGUUUACACCAACCCCAGUGGUAUCGUACUGCACCCUGCUGGCUACCAGAACGUACUGAGGAAUACGGAGGUUAUGCGUGAGAUCCAGAAGCUAUAUGAGACCAAAUCAUUCGUGUUUCUGGGCUGCGGACGCACAGUAGACGACACAACCUUCCAGGCUCUGUUCUUGGAGGCAGUCAAACACAAGUCGGACCUGGAACACUUCAUGCUUGUGCGGCGCGAGGACGUGGGUGAGUUCAAGAAGCUGCGGGACAACAUGCUGGACAAGGGCAUCAAGGUCAUCUCCUAUGGAGACGAGUAUGCCGACCUGCCUGAGUACUUUGAGAGGCUGGCCAAUGAGAUCUGCAACCGUGAUGUGUCUACCAACGGCUGGGGGUCUCCCUCACAAAAUGGGGAGGAACAGCAGAACGGCUUUAACACACAGAAAAGCCUCCUUCAAGGUUAGGACUGAAUGCUUCUCUUUGACUUAAGGCAGGGGCCACUUGCAAGAGACAUUUCAAGAAUAAUACAAUAAAGCACUGUCCAAGAUGUUUUCUUACUGCAUGCUGGUAGAUACAAAAUUCAAGUCAGUUCUUGAUUUUCAGUAUCAAAAGACCUGCUGGUAUUCCUUUACACAAAGAUACACCUGACUUUGCAGUAUUGCAUGCAUGGCAGUCAGUGGCAACAUUUCAGUUGAUGCUCUUUGUUUCUCAACUGUUCACUUAAGUCCCUUCCUUCUCUUUUUGCCCCAGACUAUCAUUCUUGACAGGGACACAGUCGGGUCAUUUUCUUUCACAGCUCUAGCGAGAGGUCAGUCUACUUUUGAUUAUUACUCUAGUCUGAUUUCAAUCAAUAGAUUAGGGAAUCCAGAAACACUAUGGGCCAUGGGCGACCUAAGAGGUGUAUUUUACAGGUGUCCGUUAUUUUCAAUUAUUAGGUCUCAUUUAAAAGGGAAAGGAGAAGCUUAAAGCGACUGUCAGUGCCAGUACCCAAUCUCACAGUACUGUAUUUAAACGUUGCUAAACAUUUAUAAAGCUACAAUAGAAAAUCAGUUUUAAAUAUGCUCAUGAUGGAAUGGUUUGUUCGCACUUCAGUUUGACAGAAAUGAUAGAUCUGAAUCUGCUGACAGAAGUUGACUGUGCUGCAUUGAUUCAUUGUUUGGAUUCUGACUUACAAGAAGGCAGUUAAACAAAACGGCAUCAGCUUGACCUACCUGCCCUGUAAGAGAAAUUCUAGGUUCAAGCUAUAACGCACAUCGUGUUGAUAUGUAAGGAUUUAUCUGUCAUGCUCAACCCUGAAACCAGGAAAACUUGAUUUGCACACUACUGGGGUGGGGAUGGGUGGAAAUAAUUCUCUCAUGGAUGGUUACUUGGUUUGCACACACAUUGUUGAUGAUUAUGUCCUAAAAAGUUCAGAAGAGUAUGAUUUCAUAGAAGAGAGGCUCCCAGCCAGUAGAAAUCACUUUGCCACUCCUGUGCUGAAAAUGUUCUUGGUAAGCCUUUUUUGUAUUUUUAAUACUGGCACGUGUUUUCUGAUAUAGUAUUUAUAAGUACUAUUUUCAAAAUAAAGCUUUUGGUAUUCCA